AUGGAUCAACAAUUUGUCAACAGUUUGCAAGAGACCUUGACUCAGGUCACUUUGCCAGAUUCAGCUGCAAUCAAGGCUGCUACUAAUAAGCUUUCAAAUGAAUUCUACCCAAACCCAGCUACUUUACCAGCUAUUAUCUUUAUUUUACAAAACAACACCAACGAGCAAAUUAGACAACUAGCUGCUGUUGAAUCCAGAAAAUUGGUCAACAAACACUGGGAAACUGCUGCCCAAAGUGUUAAAGAUGAAAUCAAAGAAUCCAUCUUGAAUACCACUUUCAAAGAACAAUCUAAAAUUAUCCGUCAUGCUGAUUCAAGAGUCAUUGCUGCUAUUGCUGAAUUUGAAUUAUCCAACAAUAAAUGGGAAUCAUUGUUACCUUUACUAGUCACAGCUGCCACUGAUGAUUCAAAUGUUGCACACAAAGAAACUGCUACUUUUGUUUUAUUGUCUUUGUUAGAAAGUAAUUUACCAGAACUUGAACAACAUGUUACAUCAUUCCUUGAAUUAUUCGCUAAAACUUUACAUGAUCAAUCUAGUCGUGAUGUUAGAGUCAACUCCGUUUUAGCUUUAGGUUCAGUUGCUAACUUGAUUGAAUCACAUUUGAACAUCGACAAUCAAUUAGCUAAUGCUUUCAAAAACUUGAUUCCAUCAAUGGUUGAAGUCUUGAAAGAAGUCAUUGCUGCUAGUGAUGAAGUUGUUGCCAAACAAAUCUUCAACUCUUUCAACGACUUGAUCUUGUUAGAUACUAAACUAACUGGUGAUAGUCUGAUUGUUUUGAUUCAAAUCAUGACUGAAAUUGCCUUGAACAGUCAAUUAGAUGAUGAAAUUAGAAACUUUGCUUUCCAAUUUUUAACCUCUGCUGUUACAUUCAGAAAAACCAAAAUUUCUUCAAAGAAAUUAGGUCGUGAUAUCACUUUGGCUGCUUUAAAGAUUGCUUCUGAAGAAAUUGACAUUGAAGCCGAGUUAGCUAAUGAUGAUGACGAAAAUGAAAACGAAGAAAAUGAGCCAUCAACUUUAGCAUUGAGAUUAUUGACUGUUGCCUCAGCUGAACUUCCACCAUCCCAAGUUGUUACACCAAUCUUUGAACAAUUAAAACACUUGUUGACUUCAUCCAAUCAAUUUGAAAGAAGAGCUGCUUAUUUGGCCAUUGGUGCUACUGCUACCGGUGCACCAGACUUCUACAGUGCUCAUUUGGAAAAAAUUGUUGAAGUUAUUGUUACCGGUUUGAAAGAUUCAGAACUAAUUGUUAGAGUCAGUGCUUUACGUUCAUUGGCUCAACUAACCACUGAAUUACAAGAUUUGUUGGCCGAAUACCACGAGCAAUUGUUACCAUUAAUUAUUAGUAUUAUUGAUGGUGCUACUAAUGCUGUUGUUUACAAAUAUGCUUGUACUUCAUUAGAUUCUUUGAUUGAGUUUAUGUCUCAUGAUGCUAUCCAAAAAUUCCUUGAACCAUUGAUGAACAAGUUGUUCCACUUGUUGCAAGUUACUGAUACUUCAAGCUUAAGAUCUAUCAUUGUCUCAGCUAUUGGUUCAGCUGCCUAUGCUGCCGGUACUUCAUUCAAACCAUAUUUCAACCAAUCUGUUGAAAUCUUACAACAUUUUAUUCAAAACUCUGCUUCCGUUGAAGGUUUAUCUGAAGACGACAUUGAAUUAAGAGCUUUGACUUUUGAAAACAUUUCCACCAUGGCUAGAGCUGUCGGUUCAGAAUCUUUCAGUCAAUAUGCUAAACCAUUAGUUGAUGCUGCUUAUACUUCAAUCAACUCUGAAAGUUCAAGAUUAAGAGAAUCAGGUUUCGCCUUCAUCACUAACAUGGCUAAAGUUUACAAAAAAGACUUUGCUGCUUUCUUACCAAACAUCAUGCCUGAAAUUUUCAAAUGUUUGGAACAAGAAGAAUUCAAUGUUAACUUUGGUGAAGAAGAUGAAUUCAAUGAUGAUGACGAAGAUCUUGCCAACAAAUUUCAAGUUCAUACUGGUAUUACCAUUGAAAAGGAAAUUGCUGCCAUUGCCUUAUCUGAAUUGGCCUUAGGUACCAAAGAACUUUUUGCUGACUAUGUUGAACAAUCUGUCACUAUCUUAUCUACACAAGCUCAAGAUUCUUAUGGUAUGAGAGAAACUGCUUUAUCUGCUUUGUGGAAAGUUGUUGAAGCUUUCAUCACCACCAGUGUUACCAAUGGUAAAUACCCAAUCGGUGUCCCAAGUGGAUCAUAUGUUGACACUAACAUUUUGAACUUGAUUAAGCAUGCUAGAGAAUUAUCCGUCAAUGCCUUAGGUGAAGAAUAUGAAUUGUCCAUGGUUGCUGCUAUUUUAGAUUCAUUCACUGAAUUAAUCAAAAGAUAUGGUGCUAUUAUUAUCAUUGAUAAUGGUGAUAGUAAAUAUUUAGAACAAUUAUGUGUUGAGUUGAUGAACAUUUUGAAAGGUGAACAUUUAUGUCAAACUCUUGAUGAUGAUGAGGUUCCAGAAGAUGAAGAUGCAGAUGCUUCAGAAACUGAUGCUAUGUUAUUCGAAAGUGCUUUAGAAGUUUUAGUUAACUUAUCUUUAGCUUUAGGUCCAGAUUUCAACAAAAUCUUUGCCUCUUUCAAAGAUAUCAUUGCUGCUAAUGUCACAUCAAAAAGUAAAAACAAAAGAGUUUCAGCUAUUGGUGCCCUCGCUGAAAUUGGUUCAGGAUUAAAAGAAUCCAAUCCAUACACUGAUGAAUUUUUACAAUUGUUCACAACAAGACUACAAGGUGAUAAAUCUGUUGAAGUUAGAGGUAAUGCCGCUUAUGGUAUCGGUAUUUUAAUUUUUUACUCAAAUAACAACUACUCAGGUUCAUACCCAGAUAUUUUCAACUUAUUAUCCACUUUGUUAUCAAAAGUUCAAAAACAAGAAGCUAAUGUUGAUGAAGAUGAUGAAGAAACUAAAGAUGUCAUUCAUAGAUCAUACGCAAAUGCAUGUGGUUGUGUUGCUAGAUUAGCCCUAAAACAACAAGAUGCCGCUCCAUUGAACGUUAUUCUACCUGUUUUAUUUGAGCAUUUACCUUUACAAUCAGCAUUUGAAGAAAAUACCCCAAUUUUUGAAUUAAUCGUCAAGUUGUACCAAGAUUCAAAUGAAGAGAUUGUUCAAUUUACUCCAAAGGUUGUUGAACUUUUCGCAGAUGUCUUCUUGAAAGAAUUUGAAAAAGAAAAAUUAGAAAGAGAAUCUACUCUAGGUAGAGAAGAAAACAUUGAUAGAUUUAAACAAUUCGAAACACCAGAGUUGAAGGCUAAAGUUAUUGACUUAUUGAAGUAUUUGGAUACUAAAUAUGCUAGCGUUGCUUCCCAAAAUCAAGUUUUGAAACAAGUCAUUUCAUAA